AUGGACACGUCAGCUUUGACAGCCUUGUCUACAAUCAUGGACACGUCGGAUCCAGUCGUUUUCGCCAGCGUAGCCACGGCGGCGCUCGUGCUCUUCCUGUUUAUAUGGCGUAUCAUUUUCUUCUUUACCGCGGACGGUACGAGCUUCCCAUUACCCGUCCCGCUCGUCCUAUUCAUCCGCUGCGUUUUCGUCUUCCCCACGGCUGACGGCAGGAAGUUCGUACGUGCGGACUUGACGCUGCUCCUCAAGGGCCCGCCGCCGCAAGAGGCAUUCGAAGACAAGGUGGUGUGGAUCACCGGCGCGAGCCAAGGAAUUGUCACUUCCUCCGCGCGACCCCCCUUUCCCACCCUUCCUGCUUUCCCCCCCACCCCCCUCUGCGCCCCUCCCCCCUCUGUGCCCCUCCCCCCUCUGCGCCCCUCCCCCCUCUGCGCCCCUCCCCCCUCUGCGUCCCUCCCCCUACCAGGGCAGGAGCUGGCGCAGCGUUUCGCGGCGAUGGGCGCGCGGCUGAUCCUCUCCUCGCGCUCCGCGGAGCGCCUGGAGGCAGUGCGCGCCUCGUGCCGGGGGAAGCACGCGCCGGAGGGGAUAGUGGUGCUGCCAUUCGACCUCAAGAGGGGCGCGGACGUGCUGCGCGGCGCAGUGCGCCAGGCGGAAAGCGCGUUCCGCGGGGAGGGGGAAGGGCCGUGCGGGGUUGACGUGCUGGUUCUGAAUGCUGCUCAUCCCCGCCCGAAACUCACGUGUGAGGACACUCCCGAGGACACUCUCCGGAAGCUCACUUGUGAGGACACUCCUGAGGACACUCUCCGGCAUCCUCCCCCUUUCCCCCUCCCCCUUUCCCCCUCCCCCAUUUCCCCUAUUUCCCCCUUCCCCCCCACCCCCCCCUCUCCCCCCUCACCCCCUUCCUCUCUCCCCACCUGCCUCUCUCCCCACCUUCCUCUCUUCCCACCUUCCUCUCUCCCCACCUUCCUCUCUCCCCACCUUCCUCUCUCCCCACCUUCCUCUCUCCCCACCUUCCUCUCUCCCCACCUUCCUCUCUCCCCACCUUCCUCUCUCCCUACUUCCUCUCUCCCCACCUUCCUCUCCCCACCUGCCUCUCUCCCCACCUGCCUUCAGACAAAGGAGUUGCCACCAUCGGGACCUCCCUUCAUCGUCGUUCUUGCACUAUUCGCUCCCCAUGCAAGAAGGAAUUACAUGCAUUCACAUCCUUUCCCAUCCAUUUUCCCGCAUCCCCCAUCCACUCUUCGCUCCCCUCUCCUUCCUUCCCCCUCUCCUCGCUCUCUUCACCUCUUGCACUCCCUCUUUGCCUCCCCUUAUCCUCACCUCCCCUCUGUCUCCCCCCAUCAGGGCAUGCUAGAGGUCAACUUCAUAGCCACAGAGCUCACGCGCUACCUGCAGUGUCUUU